AUGGGGACACAGAAGGUAACCCCAUCUCUGAUCUUUGCUAUCUCUGUUGCUACUGGCACUCUCAACCAACUGGGGAUCGUCAUUGGGAUUCUGGUGGCUCAGAUCUUUGGUCUGGAAUUUAUCCUGGGCUCUGAAGAACGGUGGCCUGUGCUGCUGGGCUUAACAAUCAUUCCAGCUAUCCUACAAAGUAUAGCUCUUCCAUUUUGCCUUGAAAGUCCUAGAUUCUUGCUCAUUAACAGAAAAGAAGAGGAGAAUGCUAAGAGGAUCCUCCAACGGUUGUGGGGCACACAGGAUGUGAACCAAGAUAUUCUGGAGAUGAAAGAAGAGAGUGUUAGAAUGUCACAAGAAAAGCAAGUCUCUGUGCUGCAGCUUUUUAGAUCAUCCAGCUACCAACAGCCCAUCCUCAUUUCCAUUGUGCUCCAGCUCUUGCAGCAGCUCUCUGGGAUCAAUGCUGUGUUCUAUUACUCAACAGGAAUCUUCAAGGACGCAGGUGUUGAGGAGCCAAUAUAUGCCACCAUUGGAGUGGGUGUGGUUAACACAAUUUUCACUGUAGUUUCUCUGUUUCUGGUGGAAAGGGCAGGAAGAAGGACUUUACAUAUGAUAGGCCUUGGAGGGAUGGCUGUGUGUUCCAUCAUGAUGACUAUUUCUUUGUUAUUGAAGGAUGAGUAUGAUUCGAUGAGCUUUGUCUGUAUCACAGCUAUCUCGGUCUAUGUGGCCUUCUUUGAGAUUGGACCAGGCCCCAUUCCGUGGUUUAUUGUGGCUGAACUCUUUGGACAGGGACCACGCCCAGCUGCCAUGGCAGUGGCUGGUUGUUCUAACUGGAUCUCCAAUUUUUUAGUUGGACUACUCUUUCCCUCAGCUGCAGUCUAUUUGGGAGCCUAUGUUUUUCUUGUGUUUGCCACUUUCCUCAUUAUGUUCCUGAUCUUCACCUUCUUCAAAGUCCCUGAGACCCGAGGCAGGACUUUUGAGGAUAUCACACGGGCCUUUGAAGGGCAGGUUAAUGAGUCCAAUAGAUCUGGGAAAGGCUCCGUGGUGGAGAUGAACAGCAUCACACCUAUUAAAGAGAACACCACCAAUGUCUAGUCAGACCUCCUUCCACCUCCCUCUCAACAUAGAAAGCAACCGCUCCCUGAAUAGGGAGAGAAACUUCAUCAGGAUGAACCCAGGACUGCUUCCGAAUGCUGCUACUUGAUUCCCUACUCAUCCCACACACUCCUGAACAUUCAGAUGAACCCAGUGCUGGGGUUAGUCAGAUCUUCAAUGCUUUUUAAAUACUUCAUUUCUUGGACAUUCU